AAAUACCACAGCAUAACAUCACUAAAUGGUGCACUGAGACACUUAGCAAAAGCAAUGGUUAAGAUACAGCCACUGCUCUCCACCCUCUGAGACGCAUGCCAAGUUCUGAGUCGAAGGAAGAGUUGAACUUGAGGUGCGUUCAGAGGACGAGCCGUUGCUCUUUUACAUUGACCAAAUAACAGGAAGUCGAUGUCAAUCGGAAUACCGCAGGCAACUGAAGCACAUCUCACUUGAAGUUAUUCCUGUAGAAAAAGUAAAGCUGUGCAAAUGAGCAGUGAAGUUUCAAACGGUGACACUGAUGCCCCUCGUGCCAAGAGGGCCAGACGUGAUGAAGAUGAAGACGAAGAUGAGGACUCAGAAGAAGUUGCCGUCUCCCCUGCCACCAUGAGUAAGGUGGAAGACUUCCUGCUGCCUUUCCAACUGUCACUGGAGAAGCUGCGUGAGGUGUCCUCAAAGCUCCGUAAGGACCUCAUUAGAGGCCUGGGCAAGCACACCCACCGGCGAGCCCCGGUCAAGAUGCUGCCGACCUUCGUCAGGGACACACCAGAUGGCACUGAGAAAGGAGACUUCUUGGCUCUCGAUCUGGGCGGGACUAAUUUCCGUGUGCUGCACGUGUGCGUGGAAGAGAACCUGCAGAAAGUGCUGAAGAACGAUUCACAAGUGUGCGCCAUACCUCAGGAGAUGAUGCAGGGGCCUGGAGAGGAGCUCUUUGAUCAUAUAGCAGCGUGCCUUGCUGAGUUCCUUGAGUCAUUAGAACUCAAAGACAAGAUUCUCCCUCUUGGUUUCACCUUCUCCUUUCCCUGUGAGCAAAAAGACAUUGACAAGAGCAUCUUGAUCCGGUGGACUAAGGGCUUUGCCUGCUCUGGAGUGGAGGGGCAGGAUGUGGUGCUGAUGCUGAGAGAGGCCAUUAAGAGGAGAGGAGACUGUGACAUUGGUUCUGUUGCCAUGGUGAAUGACACUGUCGGGACCAUGAUGAAUUGUGGGUACCAGGACCAGAGCUGUGAGAUUGGCUUGAUUAUUGGCACAGGGACCAACGCCUGCUACAUGGAGGAGAUGCGUAACGUGAAGCGCGUAGAGGGAGCCGAGGGACGCAUGUGCAUCAACACAGAGUGGGGGGGCUUCGGGGACGAUGGCGCCCUCAGAGACAUCCAGACGGAGUUCGACGUGGAAGUUGACCGCACCUCUAUCAACCCGGGUGUCCACACGUUUGAGAAGAUGAUUAGUGGUAUGUACCUGGGUGAGGUGGCUCGACUGGUCCUGAUAGAAAUGGCGAAGAAGAAUUUGCUCUUUGGGGGUGAGACGUCAGAAGCACUCUUAACUCCUGACAGCUUUGAGACUCGAUUCAUAUCCGAGAUUGAAGAGGAGGACAAUGGUCUGGAGAGGGCCCAGCAGAUCCUUACUGAAGAUCUGGGACUCCCCGCAGGGCCAGACGACUGUGAGAUUGUGCGGCUGGUCUGUGACACCCUCUCCACUCGCUCAGCACAGCUAUGUGGCGCAGCCCUGGCCACCAUAGCCAAUCGGAUCCGCAACAACCGUGGACUGAGCCACUUGACCACCACAGUGGGGGUGGAUGGAACCGUUUACACAAAGCACCCGCAUUAUAGCGACAGACUUGAGGAGACCGUUAAAACUUUGGCACCCAAAUGCGACGUGAAGUUCAUAGUGACAGACGAUGGAAGUGGCAAGGGUGCUGCUAUGGUUACGGCUGUUGCCCAAAGACUGGCUAUUCAUUCCACACUGCUAGAGGACAGCGAUGGAGACGAGGAAGAAGAAGAGGAGGAAGAGGAGGAGGAAGAGGAGGACUCCAGUUCAAGAACCACCACUGACUCACUUGGGGCUCUGUCAGUUACUACUAAACGACGAGAAGGAACUUUGAGUCAUUUUGAUAUUUGGAAGACGGUCGUCAUGGCAAACAUCCCAUCUGAUAAAAUGAGAAAGGCCGAGGAAUUCCUACAACCCUUCCAGCUCCCACUAAGAGAACUAUUAAGUGUGUCAACACGACUAGGGGAAGACAUGCGGUCAGGGCUGAGCGACACAACGAAUUCAACCCCAGUGAAGAUGUUGCCUGCCUUUGUUAUGUCUUGUGAUGGCACAGAGGAAGGGGAUUUCCUGUCUUUGGAUGUGGGAGGGACCAAUGUGCGUAUCCUCCUGGUGCAAGUGAGAGAUGGAGUGCCAGAAGUGAAAAAGGAAAAUAAAGAAGAAAAAACAAUACCUGCAGACAAGAAGACAGGGUCAGGAGAGGAGUUCUUUGAUUACAUAGCUGCUGAAUUGGAUACAUUUCUGGCCUCAAGAGAGCUCACUGUAAUGCCUGGCCUUGGUUUCAUCUUCUCCUUCCCCUGCUGGCAAAAAGCUCUAGACCAGGGCUUCCUGAUCAAGUGGACAAAAGGCUUUUCCUGUUCAGGAGUGGAGGGAAAGGAUGUAGUGCAGCUCCUCAAAGAUGCCAUAAGGAGACAGGGAAAGUAUGACAUACCCUCAGUUGCCAUGGUGAAUGACGCAGUGGGAACACUGAUGAGUUGUGGCAAAACAGACCGUCUCUUUGAUAUAGGUGUUGUCAUUGGCACAGGGACCAACGCCUGCUACAUGGAGGAGAUGCGUAACGUGAAGAGCGUGGAGGGAGACAAGGGACGCAUGUGCAUCAACACAGAGUGGGGGGGCUUCGGGGACGAUGGCGCCCUCAGGAACAUCCAGACGGAGUUUGACAUGGCAUUGGACGACGACUCCGGCAACUGGCGCAUGAAUACAUUUGAAAAGAUGAUCAGUGGCAGAUACCUUGGCGAGGUGGCUCGGCUUGUUCUGGUGAAGAUGGCUACAAACAAAUUGCUGUUUAAUGGCACCAUACCAGAAGCAUUGCGCCAACCCUAUGGCUUUAAGACCAAAUCCAUGUCUCGCAUUGAGACAUUGAGCUUGCAGGACAUUAGUCAGGUCCAGCAGAUCCUGGGACUCCCAGCAGAGCUGCUAGAUUGUGAAGACUGUGAGAUUGUGCAGAAGGUCUGUGAAGCCGUCUCCACUCGUGCUGCACAGCUAUGUGGUGCAGCCCUAGUUGCCAUAGCCAAACAGAUGGGGAAACCAGACGACUCAACAAUCACAGUGGCAGUGGAUGGUAGUGUCUUCGAAUUACACCCACAUUUCAGACACAAGCUUAAAGAAACUGUUGAAGAUUUGGAACCCAAAUACACUUUCAACUUUGAAAAAAGAGCUGGUGCCACAGGUGCUGCUAUGGUUGUGGCUAAGAUGAGUGAUGACAAGUGAUGGCAGCCGAUUCUUAAAGCCAAUCCCAUGCAUAUGAGCCACAACAACAACAAAAAAGAAAAUAGAAAUAGCAACAGAAGGUGGAUUCUCCUCAUGUGCCCCUUAAACAAUUUUGCUGACAUUUUCUUGAAAGAUAUGUUUUAUUAUUAUUUUCUAUUUGAAUAGCUGAUACAUUUUGAUAUAUUUUAAUUUUAGGAGCAUAAACAUGAUCAUGGCCACUUUUGAUGAAUAAGCAAGUUGGUAAAAUGGAAAAAAAUACAGCUUUAGCCUAAUAAAUAGAUUAUAUAUUUUGUUUUGCAUUGAUGGCUUUUGACU